AUGUUCAAGAAGUUGUUGAUGUUGUCGCCGCGCAAGAAGAAGGCCAAGGACCAGGCUCAUACUUCGGGAUCUAGUUCUGCCGGUCCGUCCGCUCCGUCCGCUCCCUCCGCUCCCUCCGCUCCCUCCGCGCCAAUCCUCGCGGCCUCGACUUUCUCCGCUCCACCCGACCCUAACCUUCCAAACCCUAACUCCGCUGUCGCCAAUGAUUCACCCGAGGUCAAUAAGCCCAAACUUGGCGUUCUGGCCGUCAGCCUCUAUCAAGCUCAAUGCAUCAGCCUGCCUAGAGAUGCCGACCUGCCAAAGGGUGUUAUGCCCUACGCUCUGAUUGAUUAUGACAAGACUCAAGUCUUCAUCAACUCUGUCUCUGGUACCUCCUCCGAGCCUCUUUGGGCCGGUCGCGCCAACCAAUUCAUGUUCGAUGUCUGGAAAUCGACCCAGCUCACCGUUCACCUUUUCAUCCGCAGCUCUUCCUAUUCCCCCACGGUCGGCAGGUCCAAGGAUAUCUGUGUCGGCACUGCUCACGUCAUUCCUCCCAUCAAUAAACAAGGCAUGAAAAACGGCGACGAGUUCAUCUCGUGGCUGGACUUCGACAACGGACCAGGCCAGCUCAAGAUCGGUUUCCAAUAUGCCGAAACCAUGGAUGAGAAGCUCACUGUGUCUGACUUCACCCUCCUCAAGGUUAUUGGUCAGGGAAGCUUCGGCAAAGUCCUGCAGGUCCGCAAGAACGACACCCAGCGCGUCUAUGCCAUGAAGUCCGUUCGCAAGGCGAAGAUCAUUGCUCACAACGAGGUUCUCCACACCAUGACCGAGCGAUCCGUUCUUGCUCAAGUCAACCACGCUUUCAUUGUUCCAUUGAAGUUCAGCUUCCAAUCCGAGACCAAGCUCUAUUUCGUCCUCGCUUUUGUUAACGGCGGAGAAUUGUUCACUCAUCUUAACCGCGCGAAGGCCUUCGACAUCAACCGCGCCCGCUUCUACACUGCGGAACUGCUCUGCGCCCUCGAGUGCCUCCACGACUUCGGUGUCAUCUACCGCGACCUCAAGCCCGAAAACAUCCUCCUCGACUACGAGGGCCACAUCGCCCUCUGCGACUUCGGUCUUUGCAAACUUGCGAUGAAGGACGAGGACAAGACCGACACUUUCUGCGGUACCCCCGGGUACAUGGCUCCAGAGAUCAUCACCCACUCGCCCUACAACAAGACGGUCGACUGGUGGACCCUGGGCGUGCUGCUGUACGAGAUGCUCACCGGCCUGCCGCCCUUCUACGACGAGGAUAAGGGCGAGAUGUACCGAAAGAUCGUCUUCGGCGACCUGUACUUCUCGACUGCCAUGAUCUUCCCUGCUGCAAAGAGCCUGCUCCAGGGACUGCUGCACCGGGGCCCCGCCCAGCGCCUUGGUGCCAAGGGUGCGGGCGAGAUCAAGGCCCACCCCUUCUUCAAGGGGAUUGACUGGCGCAAGCUUGCCCAGCGCCGAUAUGAGCCGGCCUUCAAGCCGAAUGUGACCGGCACCAACGACACCGGGGCCAUUGACCAGCAGUGGACUGGUCAGAGUCCACGCGACUCGGUUCCCUCGGGCCCUGCCCUUUCCCGGGCCCAGCAACAGCAGUUUGCUGGGUUCAGUUUCACGCGGGCCGGGUCGAGUCCUCAUGCUGAGGGCUCCCGUGUGGCUGGUUCUUAG